CAACACAACCAAGAUAUAUAACAAAGACGCGGCUUUAACUUUUGCCUUUUGAAUAAUCUUGUGAUAUUGGACAGUAAUACGGCAAGAUGGGCAAACCACGAAUGAUCAUUGUGAUUCGCCAUGCGCAAAGCGAAGGAAACAAGAAUCGCGACAUCCAUCAGAUGAUUCCUGAUCAUCGUGUGAAGCUGACUGAGGAUGGCUGGAAGCAGGCAGAAGAAGCAGGCCGACGACUACGAGGCAUGCUGAAACCAGACGACACGAUCCAAUUCUUCACCUCUCCCUACCGCCGUACUCGCGAGACCACCGAAGGCAUUCUGUCGUCUUUGACGUCCGAAACAGAAGAAGAAGGACCAUCGCCAUUCCCACGCCAUACCAUCAAGGUCUUUGAAGAGCCGCGUUUGAGAGAACAAGAUUUUGGAAACUUCCAGCCAUGCAGUACAGAGAUGGAACGCAUGUGGCAAGAGCGUGCCGACUAUGGCCACUUCUUCUAUCGUAUCCCCAACGGAGAGAGUGCUGCCGAUGCAUACGACCGUGUCAGUGGCUUCAACGAGAGCUUGUGGCGUAACUUCAACGAAGACGACUUUCCCUCAGUCUGCGUCCUGGUCACCCAUGGCUUGAUGACAAGAGUCUUCCUGAUGAAGUGGUAUCACUGGUCUGUCGAGUACUUUGAGGAUCUCCGCAACGUCAACCACUGCGAGUUUGUCAUCAUGCAGAAGAACCUCGACAGCGGCAAGUACGUCCUACAAAACCAGAUGCGGACAUGGUCCGAGUAUAAGAGACGAGCCAUACCCCAACACAACGCCCAAGUCACUGCUUCUCAAGUCGCCUCCCCAGCAAUCCCCUCCCGCAAAUGGGGCGGUUGUGUCGGCGGCUGCACACACCAACACUCCAAAUAUCCACGCCGCGUCAAGAAACAAGACGAACUCACCACCAAGGCCCAAGUCCCCGACCAAGAACAAGAAGACCACCCCAUCGCCACUCAAGAAGUACCUCUGCUUUCCACACCCCUCAGAGCUCCCAGUACAGCAAGCACAACCGAGCCCAAUUCACCCAUCUCCCUCCGCCUGCCUUCCUCCCGCCCAUCCUUCAUCCAAGGUCGCGAUGGCGGCGGUUCUCUCUCUGGCAUGGCUACCCCAGCAGAAGGUUUCUCCGACGUCUCGGGCACCGAAAGCGACUACUUCGCCCGCCUCCAACACGACCACCACCACCACCGCAAUCUCUCCGACGCAAACCCCAACAACCCCACCGGCGCAAGUUCAAAACGCCCCCUCAAAGGUCGCCCCACAGCAAAAGAUCUACAUACCUGGAUGCGCGAGAGCGGCAUGGGCAGUGGUGCCCGCGCCGACCCUCUAGGAGAUGAGUACAACGAGCAUGAUGAUGCCGAUGGAGAUGACGAGCAAGAAGGCGACAACAUCGUGCCGAUGAACGAGCCCAGUGAAAUCAUCGAGCAGUUGAAAUUACAGGAGAUUGAAGACAAAAGUAUCAGGGGAAGUGUGUAUUGAUCUGACCAUCAAAUUCGGAGCAUCUCUCUUCCAUCGAUGCCGGGAAGGGGUGGUUUUGCAUACAUCAUGGCGUCCGGUUUUGCUUUUUUCUUCAUUUCCUUUUACCUCUUUAUUAUAGACAUACCUUUUCUUUUUUUUUAACGAUAGCAUUUAAUACCCAGUCG